AUGGCAAUGGUGCCGCCACAGUUCAUCUCGGCCGCCAUCUUCACGGCGGUGGAGCCAGAGUGGGACCUUUGGAGCGCCUGGUGGUACGUCAUGGUGACGGCCAGCACGGUGGGAUACGGCGACCAGAGCGUGAACAAAGAGAACACGGGCGCAUUGAUCUGGGCUUCAAUACAUAUCCUCCUCUCUGUCGGCUUGUUGGCCGCGAUCAUCGGAGACCUGGAGGUCUUGUCCGAAGAACGACAAGAACUCCUGAAGCAAGCGGCGUGCUUUGAGAAAUGUUUCCAGAAAGAGACCCUGCAGUCAUUGGACAUUGACCAGUCGGGGAAGCUGUCGAAGCACGAGUUUGUGCUGAGCAUGCUGGUGAAGAUUGGCAAGUUGGACCCGCAGAAGGACCUCAGGGUUUUGGAGAAUAUGUACGACCGCAUGGACGUGAACAAAAAAGGCAGCAUCGAUCUUUCUUCUGUGGAAGCAAGUGAUGGUUUGCAGAUGAUGGGAUUCCAAGACGCGCAUAAGCUGCUGCAGAGGUGCGUGGGUCGGGAAGUCCAACAGAUCAUGGAAAAGCCCCAGGGGCGCAGGUCCUCGGUGACGGGCUCCGUAAGCUCCGUAAGCUCCGUGGCGCCAGCGCCUGAGAAAUGUCGCGCCGCGCCGGUGUCUUUUGUGUACGGUGUGCUAGGCGGCUUCUACGAUUUUUACAUGAGGACACACAGAUUUCGCCUCGAGAUGUCAGCGAUGUUCUGUGAAACUAGCGCGGUACUCAUCACAGUGCUGCUGGGGGGUCGCUUCAUGGAGAUUGUGGCGAAGAGUAAGACCACCCAGUCGCUCCAUGAGAUCUCGGCCAAGAGGCCACAUUUUGCUCGGCUGCUGGAAGGAGAGCAGACGGAGACAGAAAUCCACUACGAGCUGAUUCAGAUUGGCGAUCGAUUGCGCGUUUUGCCUGGAGAACAGGUGCCCGUAGACGGCGAAGUGACCAGCGAUGGCACGGUCUACUGUGAUGAAUCGCUGUUGACGGGGGAAGCUGCACCAGUGCGGAAGCAUUUGGGAAGUCAAGUCGUAGGCGGAAGCAGCUCGGUGCAAGGCGGCUUCAUCAUGAAGGCCAGCAGUGCGGGAAACUCGACCACCUUGGCACGAAUCCUGCAACUAGUCGAGGACGCGCAAACACGGCGUCCCAGCGUCCAACGCAACGUGGAUUGGAUCGCCUCCUACUUCACCCCGGUCGUUUUGGUCGCAGCUGUGCUGACCUUGUUGCUGUGGAUGCUUCAGGCGGAAGACAUGGAUGGGGUCACCUUUGCAAUCACCAGGGCGGUGAGUGUCUUGGUGAUCGCUUGCCCAUGCUCCUUCGGCCUAGCAACGCCAACUGCUGUGAUGGUGGCGACCGGUCUAGCUGCCAAGCAUGGCUGUUUGGUCAAGGACGCCACGGUCUGGGAAAAGGUCUCGGCAUUGAACUGCGCCGUGUUGGACAAAACCGGGACCAUCACCAAAGGUGGUAGAGGUGGCACUCCUUCCAGGCCUGGGCUGGAUGAGGAGGUUCCCAUGGGUGAGGAAUUCCACAAGAGAAACAGGUCCAAUGUUACGCCCUGUGCCCAUGCACUUCUUCAGAUGGGUCUGGACGCAGUAAGGGCCGUAGGGCGUCCAGGGGGAGAGGGGACGCGGCUGGGGAAAUUCUUGGACACCCAGGAGGAGAGUGCUGAUGCCUCCGCAGUGAUUGGCUGGCUAUUGCAAGCUGUAGAGACCAAUAGCGAACAUCCCCUGGCAAAGGCCCUCCAAGCGUGGGCACAAGAGGUCCAUGUGGCGCCAAAGUACGCCGAGGCGGAGGACUUUCAGCACCGUCCCGGGCAAGGUGUGAGCUGCAGCAUCCCUGGUGUGGGCAAGGUGACGGCCGGUCGAACGCCAGACUCUUUGGAAACUCAUCAGCAGCUCUGGGUGAAGCGUUUGCAAGAUGACGCUUGCGUGGUCGUGGCCCUGUCGCUGGAUGCCGUCGGCCCCUUGGCCCUGCUGGCACUGCGAGACCAACUGCAGGAUGGCGCCAGGGAGGCAGCAGCUGAGCUGCACCGAGUGGAGCAACUGCACUUGCGCGGCUUUCGCGUGCUGAUGUGCACGGGCGAUGCCCCUAACACAGCCCAUGCGGCGCCUCAGCCCUAUGCAAUCUACGGAACUUGUGGGUUUUACGGUGGUUUCCUGAAAUGGGGGGGUGCAAAAAGAAAGAAAAUUAUGCCAUACUAA